AUGCCGCCUUCGCAGUUGAAGCAACUGAAGGCGUCUCUCCGUGACAGCGGAGUCAUUCGCCAGCAGCAAUCCAAAAAACAAAAACGCCAGAAUGCAAAGACCGGCGCCGGCGCCCAGAACCGCCUGCAGCGCAAUGCUGCCCUGCAGGCGAUCCGAGAUCGAUUCAACCCUUUCGAGAUCAAAGUGGCAUCGCGCAGCAAGUUCGAUGUGACCACUCGUGAUGUGGGUUCGAAGACGACUGCUGCCCGUUCAAGACCUGGAGUGACCAAGUCAAUGGGCGAAGAGAAGAGACGCCAAACGCUCCUCCGAGAGAUGGAGAGAAAAAACAAGGUUGGCGGUAUUGUUGAUCGUCGGUUUGGUGAGGACGAUCCCACCAUGACGCCCGAAGAGAGAGCCGCCGAGCGGUUUGCCAGAGAAAGCCAGAAGAAGCUGCGCAAGGAAUCGAUGUUCAACCUGGAAGAGGAUGAAGAAGACGAUUUCAAACUAACCCAUAUGGGUCAAUCGUUAUCUUUCGGCGACGGUGCUAUCCAAGACGACUUUCAGGACGAUGUGGGCGGUCUAGAGGAGGAGGAUCAAUCCGACUCGGAAUCGCCACGGAAAAGGAAAAGAGAUAUGGACGAGGACGAAGAACUGGAAGACUAUACCUAUGAUGACGACGAGGAGGGAGAGGAUCAGCCGGAAAGGAAGAAAUCAAAAAAUGAGGUCAUGAAGGAGGUCAUCGCCAAAUCUAAGUUCUACAAAUUGGAACGGCAAAAGGCCAAGGAGGAGGACGAUGAUCUUCGCGAAGAACUCGACAAAGGACUUUCCGAUCUCUUCGACAUGCUUCGCGGGGUGAAGGCUCCAGCGAAACCCGAGCCAGCCAAGGACGAUCUGGAGGCGAUGAACCCGGAGCGCGCAGCCUUAUUGAAAGGAGAGUCGAAACCGGAUGCCGAGAGAGAAUAUGAUCAGCGCCUGAAGCAGUUGACUUUCGAUAAACGCUCUCAGCCAACGGAUCGUACCAAGACAGAGGAAGAGAAAGCCGAAGAGGAGGCGCUGCGACUCAAGGCCCUCGAGGAAGAGCGCCUUCGGAGAAUGCGGGGUGAGCAGCUGAGCGAUGAGGAGGAAGACGAGGAGGAGGAUAGCGAGUCAGAAGAAGGUUCCGAAGACGAAUCCAUCCCCGAUGAUGCGAUGGCCUUUGGAUUGCAGCAGCCCACUGCUGAGACCAGCGGACGUCCAGAGCUUGGCGUCGAGGAUGAGGACGACUUCAUUAUCGAUGACGACCUUGUUGAGACAAGGUCCGAUGUGAGUUUAUCAUUCGAUGAAAGCGAAGGAGAGGAAGGGUCUUCUGAAGUAGAAUCAGAUGAAUCAGAUGAGGAGGAGGAGGACGAGCUCAUCAAUGGUUUCACUCUACCCCAAGACAAAGCUGGAGCAUCCGCAGCCGAGGGUACACCCCAGUCCAAUGAAGAAUUGGCGUACACAUACCCAUGCCCCAGUGACCACGAAGCUUUCCUGGAGAUUGUCAGGGAUGUUCCGAUGAAUGAUCUCCCGGUUGUCGUUCAGCGUAUUCGUGCCUUGCAUCACCCCCGUCUUCACGCUGACAACAAGAUGAAGCUGGGGCGGUUCGCUGCCAUCCUGGUACAGCAUGUCGCCUAUCUGGCUGAGCAGCCCGAGCACCCUCCUUUCAGCAUUCUCGAGAACAUCUUCCGUCACGUCCACUCUCUCGCCAAAUCUCACCCCGAAAAUGUAUGCAUGGCGUACAGAAGCCAUCUCCGGGAGAUGUCAACCGAGCGUCCUCUCGGUCUGCGUUCGGGAGACCUUGUUAUCCUGACAGGUAUUGCGACCACCUUCCCAACUUCGGACCACUUCCAUGCCAUUGUUACGCCAGCACACCUGUGUCUUGCUCGGUUUUUGGGUCAAGGCGCAGUCGAUUCACUGGUCGAGUAUGCCACUGGUGCCUACGCUGCCAGUCUUUUCCUGCAGUACCAGACUGUUUCGAAGAGAUAUAUGCCCGAGUUCAUGAACUACGUGCUCAACGCGCUCUGCAACCUUUCUCCGGAAGAGCCCAAGAGCAGCCUUGGACUCUUCCCAGCAAGAGGCGCGCAAGAAGCCCUGCGGCUAACCCCAUCCAAACAGCUGUCUCUCCGCAAGCUUCAAUUCUGGGACAUGGCCGACGCGCCCUCCGACCAGCACGCACAGGAAGAGCUGAAGCUCUCCCUCGUCAACACAUUCGUCACACUUCUCUACUCCGCAUCCGACCUGUGGGCAAACAAAUCGGCUUUCUGGGAAAUCUUCUCGCCGGCGCAGCGAGUGCUCCGCCACGUCAGCAAGACCUGCAAGGGCAAGCUCCCACUCGCCGUGCAGGAUAACCUGCAAGCCACGCUCGACCAGCUGGACUCGCACCUGGCGCGCGCGCGCCUCGCCCGGCGCCCGCUGCUGCUCCACCACCACCGCCCGCUGGCGAUCAAGACCGCCAUCCCCAAGUUCGAGGAGACCUUCAACCCGGACAAGCACUACGACCCCAACCGCGAGCGCGCGGAGCUCAACCGGCUCAAGGCGGAGUUCAAGCGCGAGCGCAAGGGCGCGAUGCGCGAGCUGCGCAAGGAUGCCAACUUCGUCGCGCGCGAGAAGCUGCGCGAGAAGAAGGAGCGCGAUGCCGAGUACGAGAAGAAGUACAAGCGGCUCGUGGCCGAGAUUCAGAGCGAGGAGGGCCGCGAGGCCAAUGCGUACGAGAAAGAGAAGCGGAAGCGUCAGGGCAAGUGGUAG